CUCGUCUGGCUUCCUACUUGGGUCAGCUGGAGUGCAGCACAGGUGAAGGUGAAUCAAUCUCGGCGCUGCGCCCACAGCACAGCGGUUUCGGUUUCAGCAGCCUCAAGACCCGGAAAAGGAAGCCCGAAGGACUCGGAGCACUGGGAAUGCUGGGAAUCGUGGUUCCUACCGCCAAUGGAUUGCAGUUUCUCACCUGUUCCCAAAGCCAAGCAUGAGCACUGCAGUUCUGAUCUAACUCUGCCAGGACACAGAUCCACAGGGUCAGCCCUGCAUCCUGAGCAGCUUAGAGGGAGGAGCCAGACCAGCAGUGCCUCACACCUUGUCCUCUUCUGCUCUGGACAGAUGGCUCCAUAACGACAGCUUCAUAAUGGCAGUGGAUGGGACCCGAGUGUACAUCAGGGUCACUCUUCUGCUGCUCUGGCUUGGGGUAUUUUUGUCUAUUUCUGGCUACUGUCAGGCUGGGCCCUCCCAGCAUUUCACUUCCCCAGAAGUGGUGAUCCCCUUGAAGGUGAUCAGCAGGGGCAGAAGUGCAAAGGCUCCUGGAUGGCUCUCCUAUAGUCUGCGGUUUGGGGGACAGAAACACGUUGUUCAUAUGAGGGUCAAGAAGCUCUUAGUUUCUAGACACCUCCCAGUGUUCACCUACACAGAUGAGCAUGCCCUCCUGGAGGAUCAGCUCUUCAUCCCAGAUGACUGUUACUAUCAUGGUUACGUGGAGGGGGCCCCUGAGUCUCUGGUUGUGUUCAGUGCUUGUUGUGGGGGCUUUCGAGGAGUAUUAAAAAUAAGUGGCCUCACUUAUGAAAUUGAACCCAUCAGGCACUCUGCCACAUUUGAACACCUGGUUUAUAAGAUAAACAGUAAUGAGACACAAUUCCCAGCUAUGAGAUGUGGCUUAACAGAGAAGGAAGUAGCACGCCAACAGUUGGAAUUUGAAGAGGCUGAGAACUCAGCUCUGGAACCAAAAUCUGCUGGUGACUGGUGGACUCAUGCAUGGUUUCUGGAGCUAGUUGUUGUGGUGAACCAUGAUUUCUUCAUUUACUCUCAAAGCAACAUCUCAAAGGUGCAAGAGGAUGUAUUUGUUGUUGUCAACAUAGUGGAUUCCAUGUAUAAGCAGUUAGGUACUUACAUAAUUUUGAUUGGAAUUGAAAUUUGGAAUCAAGGAAAUGUUUUCCCAAUGACAAGCAUAGAACAGGUCCUGAACGAUUUCUCUCAAUGGAAACAAAUCAGUCUUUCCCAGCUACAGCACGAUGCUGCACAUAUGUUCAUAAAAAAUUCACUUAUAAGUAUACUUGGCCUAGCCUAUGUUGCAGGAAUAUGUCGUCCACCUAUUGAUUGCGGAGUUGAUAAUUUUCAAGGAGAUACCUGGUCUCUUUUUGCCAACACUGUGGCCCAUGAGUUAGGUCAUACGUUGGGUAUGCAGCAUGAUGAAGAAUUCUGUUUUUGUGGGGAAAGAGGUUGCAUCAUGAAUACUUUUAGAGUGCCAGCAGAGAAGUUCACCAACUGCAGUUACGCUGAUUUUAUGAAGACCACCUUAAACCAGGGAUCAUGUCUGCAUAAUCCUCCAAGAUUGGGGGAAAUCUUUAUGCUAAAGCGCUGUGGGAAUGGUGUGGUUGAAAGAGAAGAGCAGUGUGACUGUGGAUCCGUACAGCAGUGUGAACAAGACGCCUGUUGUCUGUUGAACUGCACUCUAAGGCCUGGGGCUGCCUGUGCUUUUGGGCUUUGUUGCAAAGACUGCAAGUUCAUGCCAUCAGGGGAACUCUGUAGACAAGAGGCCAAUGAAUGUGACCUUCCAGAAUGGUGCAAUGGAACAUCUCAUCAGUGUCCAGAAGAUAGAUAUGUGCAGGACGGGAUCCCCUGUAGUGACAGUGCCUACUGCUAUCAAAAGAGGUGUAAUAACCAUGACCAGCAUUGCAGGGAGAUUUUUGGUAAAGAUGCAAAAAGUGCAUCUCAGAAUUGCUAUAAAGAAAUCAACUCUCAGGGAAACCGUUUUGGUCACUGUGGUAUAAAUGGCACAACAUACCUAAAAUGUCAUAUCUCUGAUGUCUUUUGUGGGAGAGUUCAAUGUGAGAAUGUGAGAGACAUUCCUCUUCUCCAAGAUCAUUUUACUUUGCAGCACACUCAUAUCAAUGGUGUCACCUGCUGGGGUAUUGACUAUCAUUUAAGGAUGAACAUAUCUGACAUUGGUGAAGUGAAAGAUGGUACUGUGUGUGGCCCAGGAAAGAUCUGCAUCCACAAGAAGUGUGUCAGUCUGUCUGUCUUGUCACAUGUCUGCCUUCCUGAGACCUGCAAUAUGAAGGGGAUCUGCAAUAACAAACAUCACUGCCACUGUGGCUAUGGGUGGUCCCCACCCUACUGCCAGCACAGAGGCUAUGGGGGCAGUAUUGACAGUGGCCCAGCAUCUGCAAAGAGAGGAGUUUUUUUGCCGCUGAUUGUGAUUCCUUCUUUGUCUGUUUUGAUUUUCCUGUUUACUGUCGGGCUUCUCAUGUAUCUACGACCAUGUUCUGGUCCCAAAGAAACUAAGGCUCAUUCAUCAGGUUAAGAAAAUGUCUCUAACUUAAUAUUCCAUGCAUUAGUACACUUUAGUCUCUUGGCAGCAGAAACGUUAGUACAUCCCUGAAACUGAGCACAUUUCUGACCAUUUCCAGAAAGCUGCAAAGAUCUUCCCUUACAUUAGUACCACAAACACUGUCAUUAAGUUCAAGUUAUUCUUAACAUGUUUCUAUCUAUUGUUUAUUGUUUUAAGCAGCAAAUAAAGCUACAUCCUUCCCUCCCUUUAGUCCUCGUUGUGUUUCUUGUGCAUAGAGAUGACUUAUGGGAAAUGUAUGAGAUGUGUCUGCCUCAGAGUGUCCAGGGGUGAGGCUUACCUCUCUACUGACAUUUAUCAAUGUGGGAAAAUUACUUAAAUUUUCUGAUGUUCUGCUUCAAAAUCUGAAAAGGGGUAGGGGUCAUAAUAAUAUUUGUCCCACUCAACUUCUUGGUUUUAUUUGGUAACCAAAAGAGAGAAAUAAGUGAAUUUUUGUUAAAUAUAAACAGAUUGUUAUCUGAUGAAAUCUCCUGAUCUUGCUCCCUGUGUGCUUCCUAGCUCUUUGUCUUAAUUUGGCAGUUUGGAUAUCCUUUUAGAGCAUUUGCUUGCUUCACAUACCAAAAUAUAAUCUCCAUGAGGGCGGGGUUGUUUUCAUCUGUUUUGCUCAUCAUUGUAUCCUCGAUAGCCGGAACAGUGCACAGUGCUUACUACACAAUAAAUACUUAAAUGAAAUCAUGAAUAUGAAUGGAGUAUUAAAUAAAUGAAAUUAGGAAAAGUAAAAAUAAUAUUUUGAUACCUUGGGAUGUCAUUCUGAUCCUCUUUUUUAAACUACUGGAGCUCUUGCUCAAAAUUAAACUUUGAAUAUUUAAAAUGCUGCUGUUUGUACCUGGCGCACUUUGCUGGUCUUUUCUUCCCCCAGUGUAUCUUCUCCGUCUAUUCUCAGUGUUUUUGGAAAGCCUGUCUCUCGAAAACACAGAGUGAGUCAGAUACCCUUUGUACUGAUCAGUUAACUUCUGAAUGGCACUCUGUAAAUUGAGUCAAAAUACCUUUUGCAUAUCAUUUUUCAUUAUGCUUUGCCAACUUUGCAUCUUCUAUCUAUUUCAUGUUUAGAAUAUAUUUGGCUGUGUCAUUCUCUGCAUAUUUGUACAUGAAAUCCCCAUUCCCAAAAUGCUGUUUACCACCCUGCCCCUACUCCCUUGCCCUGGAAAACUCCUAUUUUCUCUCAAUAGAGGUUAAAUGUUAUAUCUUCGUAGAAGCAUUCCUUAUGAAAUGGUAAGUGUUCCACUUGUGUGCCCCGUUACUUUGUGGUCAUCUUUUAUGGUUUGAUGCCUUCUAGGAAUAGAGAUGGAGAGGGUCCAACAAUGUGCUAGCAAAAAGAAGCAGAGGACAGCUACUGGAGCCAUACAAGGACGGAGGAGUGAAUCAAGAAUACAAUCUGGUUAAAUCAGAGAAAGCUCCCAUGUUGUAAGUGCACACAUCCAUAUGGAGACAAAAGAUAGCUGCUCCAGUUUAUUGGUUCUUUUUUGAAAAGCUUUAUGGUAAAAAGCCAUUGAAGUUGAUUACGGUAAAA